UUCAUCAUUCUCUUCUCUCUGUUGAAUUCUGUUUCUGCGAAUAUAACUUCUUCUUCCCCCAAUUCGUUUCAAUUAUUGUUCUUCCCGUCGAUGCCAUGGGCACUUGCUUCUCUUCCGAGACCAGAGACUCGGUCUCCGAUUCAAAGAAUCGACCGGCUGCUCUUGUUGUUUCCAUCAAUGGCGAUCUUCACAAAUAUAGCCUCCCCGUCUUCGUCUCCCAGGUUCUCCACGCCGAAGCUCCUCCGUCGAUCUUCCUUUGCAACUCCGACAGCUUAUCUUACGACGAAUACAUCCCGGCCUUGGAUGUCGACCACCAGCUGCAAGCUAAUCAAAUAUACUUCGUCCUCCCCGUUUCGAAGCUCCAGAACCGAUUGGCGUCCACGGACAUGGCGGCUUUGGCCGUCAAAGCCAGCCUCGCUAUAAAAAACGACUCUAAUCGCCGCAAUAAGUCUCGUAUUUCGCCUGUGAUGGUGGUGGCCGCCGCCGAAUCAGUUCCUGGCGACAAGUCCUUCGCCAAGGCGCAACCACAGCAGCCUGCGAUGUCGAGGUCACGUUCCAUCAGAAAAUUCCAGAGAUACACCUCCAGACGAGCUAAACUGACCGUCCGAUCUUUUAAGCUGAGACUGUCGACCAUUUACGAAGGUUCCGUUCUGUAGUCUCUCUACAUAUAC